AUGGCCAAAGUUACAAAUCCGGGCUACGUUGUACUCAAUAUUGCUACUGCUGGUGUAUUUAACGCGAUUAGCAGGUCAUUAAAGACGGUCAAGAAAGAAGUAUUGUGUGCUUUCAACAUAUUUAAUAUUGCGGAAGGAAUUUCUCGUUUCAUGCGAUUUCAACGAGUCGUGCCUCCGAACGGGACAAAAGAGGAGAUUCUUGCUGUAGUAUAUCAAACGGACCUGUUCCUCGUCGAUCUGCCAGUUGCUAUUACGGCCUGUAUGGGAUACCCUGUUCCGCGAUAUGCUUACUUUGCUGAUGCAGUCGUGACCGCUGCGGAAACAAUUGUCAAGCAAGUGGUUUUAAACCAUAACGUGAUCAUGAGCUCAAUCGAUGCUUUCAUGGCGUUCUUUAGAAACACCACAGCAGGAAAGUCGGUGAGGGAGCUUGAUUCGGUGAGUGUGGCGAACCUCACGUCCAUGAUAAAGUCUAGCUCUUCUUGCGGGUUCAACCUUAAACGUCUCACAGACCGAGUCAUUACCAAAAUUGCCGACAUGCGUGACUACAAUCCAUUCAUUACCAACGAAGACCUUCGAAUCGAGCUGAGCAAGUCGUCUAUUGUGCUGGAGGAUGUUCCGAUCGUCACCAACAACUGCAUGGCCGAGUUGCUAAAAACCAAGAAGCCUUAUAUCGCUUACCAGACGCGAGAUACUCUGAGAAAAACGUUCGGGGUGAUCAUCGAUCAACUGAUUGAGACAUCCACCACCGAUAUGGGUGAGGCUAUGGCAAGGGAAGAUUACAUGGUGUUAACAGCCAAUAUGGGAUUUCUCGGCCUCUCAGCUUUCGAUCCCACAGGCAUUGCUUACAUGGCAUUCAACUACGUGCAGUCUAUUUGCGGUCCGACGGAAUUCAUCGGUGAAAUCGACGACGGGAAUCUCACAGAUGCACUAGGACUUACAACCGUAGAUGAUGCUUUCCACGGCAGCGAAGGAACGUGGACCAAGAAGGGUGACGGUGUGGUGAAAAUUAUCUUUGUUAGCUCUGACACCGAGAACGUGAAUGUGAUUAUUCGCUCGGGAGGUGAAAAAGUUGCUACAGUCUAUGUUGGAAGCGGGGAGACGGUGACUUGGACAACGACCGUGAAGGCACUGCAGGACAAGACUUUGUACUUGACACGUAAGCGCCCGGGUCUUCUGAAUAUUCCUCGUUCAAGUGGCGGCUCUCUUCUGCUAUGGCUACCGAGGUCCUCAGAAGGCGGUCACCUCAAACUGAACGCGAAGAUCAACGUAAGCUAG